GAAGCAACUGACAUCUCUGCUGGGAAACUCUCUUAGGGGGAGCUGAACAGAGUAACAACUUUUCACCAGAGCAGGAGUAGAAAUGCUACAUUUCUGCAUGUGUUUCCCUCUUAGCAGAGUGAAGCAGAAGAAGUAACAAUUUCGGCCAGAACUGAGAAAAAAUGGAUAUCUCUGCGGGGAACGUCCCUUAGGGGAACAGAGCAGAGCUCAGCUGGAACAGCUCUCUCUUGGAGAGGAGCAGGAUUGCCACAUCCCGUGGGGAGACCAUCCCCCACCAUAACCUAGCUUCAGGUUUGGCCAUUGUGCUGAAUGCUCAGUUCGAUUCUGCCUAUGAGUUGAUGUGCUAUUCUCACAUAUCGACCAAGAUCCUGCCUGUCUUGGGGAGUUUCAAUUUUGGUUUUAUUGACUCCUGCUUGUGUACUCACAUAAUCUUUAACUUUGGUUGGAUGCCAAACAAUGAAAUCAUCAUGAAAAAUGAGGUGGACUUGAAGGAGUACAAAGGUAUAUAUGAUCUGAAAAACAGGAACAAGGAACUGAAAACUCUCCUGGCCAUUGGAGGCAGUGAGCUUCAUUCUAACCAGUUCAGUGCCAUUGUGUCUACUGCCCAGAGCCGUCAGAAUUUCAUUACGUCAGUCAUCAAUUUCCUGCGCAUAAACAAUUUUGAUGGGCUAAACCUGGACUGGCGUUACCCUGGGUCAGGUGGAAGCCCACCUAAGGACAAGCAUCUCUUUACUCUCCUGGUGAAGGAAAUGCGUGAAGCUUUUGAGAAAGAAUCCUUAGAGAAACAAAAGACCAGGCUGUUAGUCACUGCCACAGUAUCUGGUGUCAUCUCCAUCAUUGAGCAUGCCUACAAGAUUCCUGAACUGUCACAAUCCCUUGAUUACAUUCAGGUCAUGACAUAUGAUCUCCAUAGCUCCAAGGAUGGCUACACUGGAGAAAACAGUCCCCUCUAUGAAGGUCCUUCUGACCAUGGCAUUAGUGCCUACCUCAAUGUGGACUACAUCAUGACCUACUGGAAGAACCAUGGGGCUGAUCCUAAGAAGCUCAUUGUUGGAUUCCCCACGUAUGGACAAACCUUCACUCUGAGUGAUCCCUCUGACAAUGGAAUCGGUGCCUAUACCAUUAGUGAGAAGCACACAUAUGAAAAAGGAGUAUGGGCCUACUAUGAGAUUUGCAACUUCUUGAAUCAAGGAGCCACUGAGAAAUGGAAUGCCCCUCAGGAAGUGCCCUAUGCAUUUAGGAACACAGAAUGGGUUGGCUAUGAUAAUGUCAAGAGCUUCCAGAUUAAGGCUCAGUGGCUCAAGGACAAUAACUUAGGAGGUGCUAUGGUCUGGCCCCUGAACAUGGAUGACUUCACUGGUUCUUUCUGUAACCAGGGAAGUUUCCCUCUGACCUCUACCUUAAAGAAAGCUCUCAAUGUCCACUGUCCUUGUUAUGAGGCAUCUUAUCGUGAGGAGCUUUAGCCUGUAAUUGGUCCUCAAUUUGGGCAGUUGGUUCUCUGUCAGCCUCCCAUAGAAAAUAACAGAAGUAGAUGCUGGUCCUGCCUGAAUUGAAUCACAUACCAGCACAACUGUAUGUGAUGCAUAUCACCAGCUGUGAUGCAACCAGCCAUGGUCUUCACCUUUUACAUUUGUCCAAGCUCUGAACAUCCUCCCACGCUUCUUUUAAAGCCACUUAUUUUCUGCCCUUUUUUAAAAAUAAAAUUCAUGUUCAAA